AUGUCCGAAUCGCUCUUCCUCUCCAAAGCCUUUUCGAACUCCAUGCAUCCAAUGAAAAUACUCCCGUUCUUCUAUAAAGCGUCUGACGUGUUCGACGACGACGACAUCACAGUCACCACUCUAGUGACUAACAAUAGGUUUCAUGUCCUCAGGGCACUCGCUGAGCGAUACGAUGGCCCGCUCUCGGUGACGAUUCACCUUCCCUUCUCUCCUGGAGACAGUCUAUCGUCCCUGCAGGCAAACUUGGCGACCCUGCACAAACUUCUUCGCUCUUCCCCAGCACUCGCUUCUCGCGCUGAUAUUCACCUGGUCAUCUCGCCCUUUCCUCGUGCGUUCAAUGCCUGGCGCAAUCUUGCCCGCCUGGCGGUCCGCACAAAGUACAUAUUGCUGUUAGAUGUUGAUUUUGCCCUCUGCACAUCAUGGCGUGUCCCUGUUCAAUCCCUCCUGCGCGGAACAGGAGAGAUAGCCCGUAGGAUGCGAGAAGGGUCUGCGGCGCUGGUGAUACCGGCAUUCGAAUACGUCCGUGCAGCAGAAGGGAGAGAUCAAUCGAUGUUUCCACGCAACAAGCAGGAUCUAUAUAACCUCGUCCGUGUCAAAACAGUGGCGCCGUUUCAUAUGCAAUGGGCCCCAGGACACAACAGUACAGAUUACGAACGAUUCUUCAAGGCGCGACCCGGUGAAAUUUAUAGGGUAACACAAUACCAGUCAGCUUAUGAGCCAUACGUUAUCGUAAAGAGUGAUGCUGGGGGAUGGUGUGACGAACGAUUCACUGGAUACGGGGGUAACAAAGCGGCUUGUCUUUUUGAGAUGUAUCUUUCAGGAAUUUCCUUCUACGUGCUUGGGGAUCACUUCCUCAUACAUCAGAACCACCUGUACGAGGAAGAAGCGAGACGUAGUGAGCGGAAAUACAAUCGCAAAAUAUAUGCGGACUUCAAGGAAGAAGCAUGUCUCCGGUACAUCAGACGGUUCUAUGAUGAGGGGACGUUGAACACGACCCGAGGGCAUAACGCUCAAGAAGAGUGUCAAAAGAUCAAGGGAAUAGGCAAGAUUGUUACACAGGUUCUUUGCACAGCAAAUUUACUGCAGCUUUCUGGAUUUGUGAUCACCAUUGCCUUCUUAGGUUUUAUAUGGCCGUUAAAGCAGCCUCCCGUUGGCUGCUUCUCGGGUAGAAUUUCGCCAGUUUCAUGA